CCAAAGCUCAACAGUCUAUCCUUUCUCCGCAUGAUGGAAGAAAGGGAACUCUGCUUUCCACAACUCUUCAACUCCUCUUGCAGGAGGCUGCACCGUCCUCACUUUGAGGUCAUGCUCACCUACAUCAUACUUUCCUCCAUUGCUGUACUCACUGCAAUUCUCAACUUGCUGGUUAUCAUCUCUAUCUCAUACUUCAGGCAACUCCGUACCCCCACCAACCUCCUCCUCCUCUCUCUGGCUGUCUCAGACUUCUUCGUAGGCCUCCUCUUGUUCUUUCAAAUGAUUCUCAUAGAUGGCUGUUGGUUCCUCGGUGAUCUCAUGUGUACUUUGUAUCAGUUUUUAGCAUAUGUCAUCACCUCUGCUUCGAUAGGAACAAUGAUGUUCAUAUCUGUUGACAGAUAUGUUGCUAUUUGUUACCCUCUGCAGUACUCGCAAAAAAUCACACAGAAAAGAAUGAAGAUCUGCAUCUGUUUAUGUUGGAUCGGCUCAGUGAUAUUUCAGAGUCUGAUUCUGAAGGAUAAUCUGAAACAACCAGGCAGUUAUAACUCCUGCUACGGAGAGUGUGCCUUUGUCAUUAACCAUAUCGCUGGAUUUGUUGAUCUGACUUUUUCCUUCAUUGUUCCCAUCGCUGUUAUUGUGCUUCUGUAUCUCAGAGUGUUUGUGGUGGCUGUGUCUCAGGCCCAGGCCAUGCGUUCUCACAUAACAGCUCUCACUUUCCAGCGCUCAGGAACGCCUAAGAAAUCUGAGCUGAAAGCAGCCAGGACCCUCGGGAUUGUUGUGUUGGUGUUUCUGAUAUGCAUGUGUCCAUAUUAUUGUGUUGCUCUCACAGGCGAGGACAGCACUCUCAAUACUUCCUCUGCAACUGUUGCAAUAUGUUUGUUCUAUUUUAACUCCAGUCUAAACCCAAUCAUCUAUGUCUUUUUUUAUCCAUGGUUCAGAAAAUCUAUCAAACUCAUACUUACACUACAGAUACUCCAACCUGACUCCUGUGAAGUCACCAUGAUGUAA